AUGGAGGUUGCAUAUCGCACUCGAUUAACGACAACUUUAGAUGUUACACCCUUUCUUUUGAAACAAUGUUUGCCUUUUCGUGGACAUGACGAGUCAUUGAGUUCCUCAAAUAAAGGUAACUUUCUUGAAUUGAUUGAGUGGUAUACCCAAAGAAAUGAUGAGGUUGCCAAGACCAUGAAUGAAAAUGCUCCUGGAAACAAUCAAAUGAAGUCUCCAAUAGUUCAAAAGGAUUUAACACGGGCUUGUGCUGCUGAAGUCACAAAUGUCAUUCUUAAUGAUAUAAAAGACAAUAUAUUUUCUCUUAUGAUUGAUGAGUGUCAAAGAACAAACAUGGGAGUUGUUUUAAGAUACGUGAACAAACAUGGAUGUGUUAUUGAAAGAUUUCUUGCUAUUGUAUAUGUGUUUAAUACUUCUGCUAUUUCUUUGAAGAGGGCUAUUGAUGAAUUGUUUGCAAAACAUAAGUUGCCAUUAUCGAGAUUGAGAGGUCAAGGAUACGAUGGAGUUUCAAAUAUGCGAGUUGCUAAAAGCAAUCGAAUUGUGAGUGAUUUCUUCCAAUAUGUUACUAUGAUUGUGAAUAUUACUGGUGCUUCAUGUAAAAGAAAAGAUAAGUUUAGACAAUUUGAACAUGAUAGACUUGUAGAAUAUUUGGAGAAAGGAGAUAUUACUUCUGUUUUAAAAGUGCUUGAAAAUGUGUAUGAUGAUGGUACUAAUAAUGAUAAUAGUGGUAUCGCCACCAGUUUAAUUGAUAAGAUGAAGAGUUAUGAAUUUGUGUUUGUGAUGCAUUUGGUUCUUGAUAUGAUGGUUCAAGAGAUGAAUAAUUGGUUUUCAGAAUCAAGUACGGAGCUACUUCACCUUGCUGAACUUUAUCCGGGGGACUUUUCAUUGUCUGAUCGUGUAAUACUUGAGAACCAACUUGAGACUUACAUUCAAAAUGUACGGGGUGAAUUUUCUAUGAUUGAAGAUUUGGGAAGUCUUGCUAAAAAGAUGGUUGAAACGGGCAAGAAUACAAUUUUUUUAUUGGUAUAUCAUUUGAUCGAGUUAGCAUUAGUUUUACUAGUUGCAACUACUUCUGUUGAAAGAGUUUUUUCUAUGAUGAAAAUUAUCAAGACUGAUUUGUGUAAUAGGAUGGAGGAUGAGUGGAUGAAUGACAGUUUAGUAGUAUACAUCGAGAAUGAUAUUUUUGCUACAAUUGAAAAUGAACAAAUUUUACAAUAUUUUCAAUAG